GUGAGGAAGGACCCUAAAAGACUGGGCUUUAGACCCUAAAAUGCAGAGCUGCAUUUCCUUUGGGGAGUCUGGGAAUAUUGCUGUUACUGCUAGGUUUGUUUGCUCCAUCCUUCCCCCUGUUGCUCUCUGUCCCAUGAAGCUGCAGGAACCCCCACCCCACAAUGCCAUCAAUCCAGCUGCCCCUGCUACUCCUCUGCUGUACCUUGUGUGGUGUUUGCCUCAACGGGGGACAGUCCCUUCCAGAGGAGAGUGAGAGCAUCAGAAGUGGUUCCCAGGAUGACAACCUGCAGAGGUCUGAAAGCCUCAUUCUUCAGUCUAUCCUCAGGCAAGCUGAAAAGGAAGAAGAGAUGAAUCAAGAAUCAAAUGCUCCUCUGCCAGAAUGGCUUUCCAAAAGACAACACCCUGGGGAAAAGUAUCUAAGUAACCUGGAGAAGAGACAGCAUCCUGGAAAAAGAGAUGUUGAGAAAGACACAUCUUAUGGAGACAUUCAGAAGAGGCAGCAUCCAGGGAAAAGAGAGAUGGAAGAUGACCUUGAUGUCUACCUGGAGCUGGAAAAGCAGCAGCCUCCUGGCAGAAGGUCACUGCUGAAUCAGUUUGCUGACAGCCCCGGGGCACAGCUCACCUCCAUGGGUGAGUUAUCCAAAAGACAGCAUCCAGGCAGGAGGUAUCUGGUGUACAAGCACCAGCAUCCUCACAAAAGAGGCUGGAACUACGAGGGAGACGUCAACGACCGACACGGUGAGAAACGGCAGCACCCUGGAAAAAGGCUCUGGAAUUCUGACAGCUCAGAUGACACAGGCCCCUGCAACUUCCAGGAGCCCUUCACCUGCAACAAAGGCAGCUUGUUGCUUGAUUUAGCAGGAGAUGUUAGCAGAGACAGGGUAGAAGAAAAACGUCAGCACCCAGGGAAGAGAUCAGCAUGGGAGAGCGAAACAGAGGAAUGA